AUGCCAAUUGCCGUGUCUCCGCCUGUUCGCCAAACUCAAGGCGGGAAAACUCUCGACGCGAACACAAUAUGUUGCUUCGUAUACACCGCCAGCAGCCAAAGGCUCUGCUUUUGGCAUGGAAUUGCACCAAGAUCAAUCAGUGCCGCCAACUGCCGUAACGAAUGGAGCGGCGCCGAAACAAGUGUCACUAUCACAAAAGACCAUCGUCUUCCAGUCCAAGGUUGGGGCAAUUCGAUUCCUUGCAGUUAA